GGAGUGGAUAAGGGAAUUUGAUUCUCCAUUUCAUGAGGCGUUCUUGGCCAAGCUCUGGAUCAGCUCAUCUAUGGCUCUUACCGUCUCUUCCACUGCAUUCUCAAGCCUCCCGAUAAGGGAUAAGUUUCGAACAUCAUUUGGAUGGAAACCGACGGUCGACGUAGUCCAUUGCCGGAGGACUUAUCUAAAUGCAACGAAAGGAGUUUCAAGUGUUUGUGAACCUCUCCCUCCUGAUAGACCCUUGUGGUUCCCUGGUAGCUCUCCUCCUCCCUGGCUCGACGGCAGUCUCCCUGGAGAUUUUGGGUUUGACCCACUUGGAUUAGGGUCGGAUCCGGAGUUGCUCAAAUGGUUUGCGCAAGCUGAGUUAAUGCAUUCACGAUGGGCAAUGCUGGCGGUGGCGGGGAUUCUGAUACCGGAAUUGCUGGAAAAAUGGGGGUUCAUCGAGAACUUCUCAUGGUACGACGCCGGCGCUCGGGAAUACUUUGCUGAUCCAGUAACCCUGUUUGUGGUGCAGAUGGUGUUGAUGGGGUGGGUUGAGGGGAGGAGGUGGGCUGAUAUGAUCAAGCCAGGCAGUGUAGACAUUCAACCAAAACUUCCCCACACGAAGAACCCGAUACCGGACGUUGGGUAUCCGGGUGGCCUGUGGUUCGACCCAAUGACGUGGGGAAGAGGGUCGCCGGAGCCGGUGAUGGUGCUGAGGACUAAAGAGAUAAAGAACGGACGUCUUGCUAUGCUGGCAUUUGUUGGGUUCUGCUUCCAGGCUGUUUAUACAGGAGAAGGCCCCAUUGAGAAUUUGAUGGCCCAUGUUGCAGACCCUGGUCACUGCAACAUUUUCUCGGCUUUCACAAAACAUUGAUUGUGGUGAUGUAGAUGACUUGAAGAUCAAGCAACAGAGAACACUGUGAUUAGGAAUUGCACACUUUCAACAUUAUCCGAGUGAACCGUUCAUAGCAAGAAUCCAAUAAACUGCUGCCUUUUUUUUUUUUUUCAAUUCUAAUUGCUUGUUUUUCUAUCCUCCCAAUCCAAAACAAUGUCACUUGAGGAUGGGAUACAAAUUCAUGUAACAAUUUUAAGCUGUCAAUCGAGUGUU